CUGCUGCCCGGACGCCGUGCCCUCCUCACCUCGAAGGCAACAUGAAGGAAAUUCGGGGACACGGCGGGAACUCUCCCUUCUGUACCCGCCUCAACGACUCCUAUUCCGGCAUGUGGGCGCCAGAGGCACAGAGCAACCUCACACGCCCCCCUGGGCCGGGUGAGGACUGCGGGUCCGUGUCGGUGGCCUUCCCGCUCACCAUGCUGAUCACCGGCUUUGUGGGCAACGCGCUGGCCAUGCUACUCGUGUCGCGGAGCUACCGGCGUCGGGAGAGCAAGCGCAAGAAGUCGUUCCUGUUGUGCAUUGGCUGGCUAGCGCUCACUGACCUGGUUGGGCAGCUACUCACGAGCCCGCUGGUCAUUUUGGUAUACCUGUCCAAGCAGCGCUGGGAGCAGCUCGACCCGUCGGGGCGCCUGUGCACCUUUUUCGGUCUGACCAUGACUGUUUUUGGGCUCUCUUCGCUUUUCAUCGCCAGUGCUAUGGCUGUCGAGCGGGCGCUGGCCAUCCGUGCGCCACACUGGUACGCAAGCCACAUGAAGACGCGCGCCACUCGCGCCGUGCUGCUGGGCGUAUGGCUGGCGGUGCUUGCCUUCGCCCUGCUGCCAGUGCUGGGGGUGGGCCAGUACACCAUCCAGUGGCCUGGGACAUGGUGCUUCAUCAGCACCAAACAAGGGGGCAAUGGGACUAGCCCCUCACACACCUGGGGUAACCUGUUCUUCGCCUCCACUUUCGCCUUCCUGGGCCUCUUGGCGCUGGCUGUCACCUUCGCCUGCAACUUGGCCACCAUUAAGGCCCUGAUGUCACGAUGUCGAGCAAAGGCGGCAGCAUCGCAGUCCAGUGCCCAGUGGGGCCGGAUCACGACUGAGACGGCCAUCCAACUCAUGGGCAUCAUGUGUGUGCUUUCGGUCUGCUGGUCACCCCUACUGAUAAUGAUGUUGAAAAUGAUCUUCAAUCAGACAUCUGUUGAGCACUGCAAGACACACACAGGAAAACAGAAAGAGUGCAACUUCUUUUUGAUAGCUGUUCGCCUGGCUUCACUGAACCAAAUAUUGGAUCCCUGGGUUUAUCUGCUGCUAAGAAAGAUCCUUCUUCGAAAGUUUUGCCAGGUAAUCCAUGAAAGUAAUGAACAGAAGGAUGAAAUUCAGCAUGAGAACAGGAACAUCUCAAACAGUGGGCAUCAUCAAGUGGCCAGAGACAGCGAGAAGAACAUUAUCGGCCCUGGCCUAUUCUCCAUUCUGCCUCAGGCUGAUCCUGGUGCUUGUUCUGAUCAGCAAUAUGAGAAAGCAGUGGAGAAAAAUGCAAAGAUGUUUUCUGACUGUGUGUUUGACAGCUCAUGCUUCAUGGAAGUUUCAACAAUAAGCAAGUCUUCCUCAAUGUAAAAAUAAAC